CACUCUUUUAUUAUUAUUAUUUUUGUCGCAUCGCAAUUUCACUUCCUCUCUUAAAUCAACAAAUUUGAACAAAUUGAAACCCUAAAUCAACAAAUUGGACUCGCAUUCAUCUUGACGCCGCCGGAUUCGGUCACCGGCCGCCACAACCAUCGUCAGUUUCUCUUUCUUUUUAAUUUUCCAUAAUUUUUCUCAUUUUCUGGCAUUGUUAGGAAGCUGAAUUGCAUUGGAAUCAAUGGAGGCUAAAUUUUUCCGCUUUUUAAAGAUUGUGGGUGUUGGAUACAAAGCUAGAGCUGAAUCUGCAGGGAGGUUACUGUAUCUCAAAUUGGGUUACAGUCAUGAGGUGGAACUAUCCGCGCCUCCAGCUGUUCGUGUUUUCUGCUUCAAAAACAAUGUAAUUUGUUGUACUGGAAUCGACAAGCAAAGGGUUCAUCAGUUUGCAGCUACCGUUCGCAAUUGUAAGCCGCCUGAAGUUUACAAAGGUAAGGGGAUAAUGUAUACUGAUGAAGUUAUCAAGAAAAAACAAGGAAAGAAAUCUAAAUAAUUGUAUAAUCUUCGUGAUUUCAUGAAGUCUGCAAAUCAAAUCAGGUGCACACUGGCUUGACUCUGCACAAUUUUUUCAGUGUUAGAAUUCUUAAAAAGAGCAUGGAUUAUCAUGUUUCAAGUAACAAAAUGUUUUUGCUUCAAUGCGAUUGAUAUGUAUCAUUUUGAGUUUAUCUUUGUUGAGACAUUUUAUCUAAUUAAUAACCAGUCCAAGAGUUGAAAUAUUAUUACAUGGUUGAUUUUGAAUUUUA